UUUCCGCUCUGAUGAUCACAGUUAGCGGAAGCUGCACUUGUGAAGCUCUGUAGCCUCCUCAUCUUGCACUAUUGAGAAUUUAGCUGCUAACUAGCUAACUUUAACGUUUUACAGGUUUCGUGUCGGCCUGAAAACGGGCACGAAGCGACACACAAAGACCUUCAGAGUUAGCUAAGAAAGAAAAGUCUGCACAUAGGAGCAGGGCAAUGCCGCACAAUUUCCAACCCGGAGAUCUGGUCUUCGCCAAAAUGAAGGGGUACCCCCACUGGCCAGCCAGGAUUGAGGAUGUGGCUGACGGGGCAGUGAAACCCCCACCCAAUAAAAUACCCAUCUUCUUCUUUGGCACCCAUGAAACAGCAUUUCUAGCACCGAAGGACCUUUUUGCCUACGAGAAGUACAGCGAGCGGUAUGGAAAACCUAAUAAACGGAAGGGCUUCAAUGAGGGGUUGUGGGAAAUCCAGAACAAUCCUCAUGCCUCCUAUAGUGCUCCUGCACCAGCCAGCUCGUCUGACAGUGAAACUAAUGAAGGUGCAGCUGGAAGUGAUGCAGAGGAUGAUGAUGAGGAAGCAGUGGUUCCCACUAAAGCAGAUUCAGGGAGUGACUCUGAUUCUGGAAGUGAGGAUCAAGGAAGAGGUGGAGGAGGAGGUGGUGGCGGUGGCGGAGGAGGUGGUGGUGGUGUAAAAAGAAAGGCCCCUGCAGCCAAGCGGCCCCCUGUGAAGAAGUCUCGGGGUUCGUCCAGUGACCGGGAUGGAGAGGAGAGUGGCUCACCCUCUGAGCCAGAACCAUCCCCAUCUGACUCUGACUCUGGAAAGAACAGUGACCAGGACUUUACCCCAGAGAAGAAGGCAGCGGCAGGCCGGGGGGGUGGCAUUGGGAAGAAAGCGGGAGGUGGCAGAGGGAAGAAGAAGAAGGCAUCGUCAGACUCCGACUCUGACUCUGGGUCUCAGUCGGACAAAAAGAAAGGGGGCAGCGACUCAGAGGAUGAGAAACCACGGCCUGCUCUGUCCGGAUCAGAGUCCCAGUCUGGCUCCAAAUCUGACUCUGACUCCGAACCACCGCCUCCACCAAGGAAGGCACCGCAAGCACGCAGGAAAGAGAAGGCUCCUCCAAAGCCUCGGGGUGGACGGAAACCCAAAGCCGCACCGGCCAGAUCUCUGGCCAGAGCACCUAUGUCUUCUGAUGACAGCGACAGUGACAGUGAGCCUGACCUGGUCAGCAAUUGGAAAAAGAGAGACGAGGAGCGUCGGAAAGAGCUGGAGGAACGGCGGAAGAAGGAGCAGGCAGAGGAGAUCCUCAAGUUUCGGGAGCGAGAGAAGGAAGAAGAUGAGCAAAGAAAAAAGGACAAGGAGAAGGGAAAGAGCAGUGGUGACAGCAGCUCAGAUGAGGGUGUAGAUGAUCAUCCGCUAAAGAAGUCCAAGAAGCCCCCACCCCCCCCGAUCCCCGCACCCUCCGACUCUGACUCUGGACCUGAGAUGAAAAAAUCUGUCAAGCGUUCAGACAACCAGAAGAAAGGCAGAACAAAGAAAGAGAGGGAUCACGGGAAAAACAAAAAGGAGAAAGAAGUAAAGGAGAAGAGAGUACAGCGGUCAGAGGAGAGGCCCAGAGGGAGGUCUAAGCCCGAAAAGCCCAAACGCAAACCAGAGAGACCUCCAGAGAGGAAAGUAGAGAAGAAAAAAGAGCCAACCCCAGACGAAAAGCUGCAGAAGCUCCACACUGACAUCAAGUUUGCAUUGAAAGUGGACAACCCUGACAUAGAGCGCUGUCUACAGGCCCUGGCGGAACUUGAGGCUGUGCCGGUCACCAGCCACAUCCUGCAUAAGAACUCAGAUGUAAUUGCCACACUUAAAAAGAUACGUCGAUAUAAGGCAAGCAGUGCCGUUAUGGAAAAGGCCAGCCAGGUCUACAAUAAAUUAAAGGGGCAGUUUGUGGUAAAGUCUGAAAUGCCCACUAAACCCAAAGCUGAGGGAAAGGAGGAGGAAGAAGAUGGGAAGGAGAUCCCAAACCCAGAUGUAACGCCUGUGAAUGGGGAAUCAGAAGUCCAGAAAAUGGAUGGCACUGAGUCAGAGGUUACCCCAAAGUCACCGGUUCAGGAAGAGAAAAAUGAGCAUAUGGUUUCAAGCCCCAAAAGGCCCAGUCUUGACAGUCCCACUGAGCAGCAGACACACACUGAUGAAACGCACCACGCUCUCUCUGCAGAGGCUGAACCACAAGCAAUAGAGAGCUGAAGAACUCUGAAGAGAUGGAAUACAAUUGUUUACCACGGCUAAAAGGAAAGCUCACUAGUCUCGUCUGGGAUACAUGGCACUGUGCUGACCCCUUUUGUUGUUCGCGAUUGUAUUUUUCCUUUUAUACAACACAUUGGCCCGUCCCCAAAUCCUCCCCCUCGAGCAACCUUGCUUUAUUUUUCUCCUACAUAAACUCUAACUUUUGGUCUUUCAUAUUGUAUGUAUAUUGACAGAUUCCAUUUUUAGUAUUUUUAACAAGAAAAGAGGAGCCUUGUCAUGAAUGUUCUGCUUUGAAAUAAUUGUACGUUGUCACAUGAUUCGAGGCAUCUUUUGGCUUUGAGAAAGAUAUUGGAGCCUAUAGAAAACCUAGAAAAAGCUCAUGUGUGGACAAGUAUGAGUGUGGUCCUUUUUGCCAGUCUUGACUGUUAUGAUUUUUUUUUUUAUCUGCUUAUUUCCAAUAAUCCAGUCUCACCAUGAACAUAAGCCAUUGAAUGGAACCACAUGUUUUCCAACUAAUGAGUAUGUUUUCUGAUACUGCAUCUACUUUUGACCCAUUGAAUGCUGUGAAAGGAUCCCCCUUGUUAUCUGUAUUUUUUUGUCAUCUGCUUUCAAUAACUUGCCCAUUGAACGGGAUAAAAUACAUUGUACAGACUGAACAAUAAUGAUCUUCAUCACAAGUUGUUUAUAUCCCAUGUAGCUGAAGCCAGUGGACAUUUGCUUGUCAUACGGAAGUGUUUUUAGUGCAAAUGUAAAUUGGUAAAAUAAUUUGAAUCAUUUAGUUGAGAGUUGAAUAAAAAAUAACAGCAUGGUA